AUGCAGAGGAUUUCCAAAGACGUCCCUGAGAGGAAUCUGAUGUCCGUGUUUUUCGCCGCUGCCGUCUACGUGACACCCUAUUUUGGUAAUCACGACGGUCACUUUCCAGUUUACUAUUACUGCAUGAUCAUGUUGAUUUACUGUGCUCAUCAGGUGACCGCGUAUGCCAUAUUCGUCUCACAGAUGGCUUUCCACGCUCAGAUCUCUGACCCGAACGUCGGUGGCACGUACAUGUCGCUGUUAAACACGAUGGCGAACCUUGGUGCCAACUGGCCGAUCACCAUGGCUUUGUCGGUAGUGGACAAUUUUACGUGGAAGUACUGCACUGGAGACUUGGCGGCGACCAGCUGCACAAAGGACCAGCAGUGUUCCCCAGGGCAGUGCAUGACGUAUUUUGAUGGAUACUACGCCCUGAUUAUCGGUGGCAUCAUCGUCGGUGUGCUUUGGAAAAAAUACGUUGCCAAGUAUGUCGAAGAUCUGCACGGCAUUCCGAAACGAGACUGGUCUUGUCAAAGCGCAUCUUGA